AUGAAAUCGGUGGAAAAAUCUGAUGAAGAAAAGCACUUUUCUUGGUGCUGUUUUCAUUUAUAUCCGCCAUUGUUGUUUUUCCUUGUAUCCCUAGUUCUAUCUCUAGCUUUCCUGUGUUUCUUAGGGUCUUAUGGAUCCUCUUCUCUUCUAGUAACCAUCGCAAUCUUGUUCAUCUCCACUUUCGUUUUCUUUAUAAGAUUCUACAAGAAAAAGACAAGACUCUAUUUGGCUGAAAGAUCCCAAGAAGAAGGCUAUGAUGAUGAUGAUGAUGAUGAUUACGAUGAUGAAGAGGAUGAGGAUGGUCUCAUUGAGAUUACUCUUGUGAGUGAAGAAGCAGAGACUAUAGAAGCAAUGAGAAACGUUAACCGAAUUCGACAGAGAAAUAGGAUUGAUGAAGAUGAAGCACAAGAUAUAGAUGACGUGAUUAUGGAAGAAGAUAAUCUUAUUGAGAUUGAUAUUUCCAUUGGAUCUAUUAAAAGACGAAGUGAAUGA